GGCAGGCGUGAGAGAUAAGGACUGCGGGUAUAAAGGCUUAGGACACCGAACGAACGGAGAACACUCAGUACCACAGACAAGACCAGCCAUGGCCCGCAACUACCACAGAAGACUCGCCCUGGCAGUGGCCCUGAUGAGCGCGCUGCUCGCUGUGCAGGCAUUUGACCUGCAGAGAUCCCUGCUGCCCCCUGAGCUGGCUGGCCUUAGCGCCGCAGAGCUGUUGGCGGCUGUCACAGCAGACCCGGAUUGCACCUUCGCUAACCCCACAGAUGCCACCGUAAGAAAGGAAACUGCCUGUGCUGGCUGCACCGUCGUCAAGACUUGCGUUUAUGCAGGUUCUAUCGGAUGGAUCGCGGGGAAAAAUAGCAGCUGCUCGGGUGGAACGCCGUGGUGUAACGAUGGCGCCUGUUCCGCCACGCCCAGCCCAACCCUAAACUGCAACUCAGCAAAAGCGGACGACACCUUCCAGUGCCCGUCAAAUGGUUACUGGCCCAACCUGGCGUCCUGCAACAAGUACUGGAUGUGCACGUCCGCCGGAGCCUUUGCUGGUGACUGCUCCGGCUACAACAACGCCGUGUAUGACCCGCUCACCACUCUGUGCGUGCCGAAGAGCCAGGUCACCUGCAGUACGAUCAGCUGCAAGAAUGCCCCCGCCUACCAGGUGGUCCCGUCGGCGCCCUGGCUGUACGCCGUGUGCACGAGCGAUAACUUGGCCGACGCCGUGGUGCUGAAGUGCGAGAACCAAAACCAGCGGUACAACGGCACGAACUGCGUCAACGCCUGCAACCAGGCCGGCCGCUUCCCGCUGUGGGCUCCAGACAGCGCGGCUGGCGCAGCUGGCGCUGACACAGGAUCAUACUUUGAGUGUGUGGCGAACGGAAACGAGCUCAUCGGACCCACUGUUGGCAAAUGCCCUGGCAAGGGUACCUUCGAUAGCGCCACAUCACGGUGCACGUUCACGUAA